GCAGUCCAUGUGAUGUUUGGUGCGAUCUACGGUGAAGAAAACAUCUGAACUGAACCAAAGAUAGCAGCACUAUCUUGAUCUGAGACACCAUGAAACCACAGCCCAUUCUUUUGAUUUUUCAUCUUUUGAGUCUUCUCCAAGUCUCUUUGUCACAAAAUGCAUGUUCCCAGCUUCCAGGUGUGCUCCAUGCACAUGUGUCAGAACAGAGCAGAAAAGAUGCAUAUCAGCUAGGAGAGACCAUACUCUACACAUGUGACACUGGUUUCACAUCAGACCUGCCCAUUAAAUAUGUGUGCAGCAGUGAAGGCUGGGUGACCCUCCGUCAAGAGUCUUGUUACCCUCCCACAGCCAGCUGUGAGCGCCCUUCCCCUCACGAAGGGCUCAGAAUUACCGGAUUACCAGAAAAUAACGGUCCAAUAUCUCCUGGUCAUGUCCUAAUAUUUGGCUGUGAUGAUCCUGUCAAACGUGUAAAUGGUAGUUCAGUGUUGAUCUGUGACAGAGAUGGACAGUGGAAUAAACCAGUACCCUCUUGUGAAGUCAUGACAUGCCCACCAGUUCGUGUGAAUGAUAAUGUCCAGGUGAGUGGAGAUCCGGAGGAUGGAACUCAUGGCAACGUCCUUAGAUUCAGCUGCAAGUCCGACUCUCAAAUUUUAAAAGGACCGACUGAAAUUUAUUGUAAUAAAAAAGGUGAAUGGAGUGGAAAUGUCCCAGAAUGCACAGAGGUGUCAUGUGACACCCCCCAGAUUCCUCACGGCCGUGUUACUGAUCCUCCUAAAGUGUACAGAGAAACAUGAAAACCACCAGCGCCGUUGUUACUUGCAAUGACAAUGGAAACUGGGAUAUCAUCCCGGAAUGCAAAGAUGUUUCAUGUGAUGACCGACGAGACCAAUAUCUGAGUUACUUUUAUGUUCAAUGGGGGCGAAGAAAAGUAAAUGACCGUGCAACUUAUUCUUGCAUAAGAGGCUAUGUAAAACCAAGUGGUGUUACACAUGCCACAUGUACCAGAGAUGGAUGGAUGCCUGAACAGCUUUGUGAAGAUGUACCGUCAUGUUCAGCUCCCCCCGCAAUUGAAUUUGGAGAUGUAAUGGGAAGUAAAACCAAAUACCAAGAGGGUGAGUCUGCUGAAUACACUUGUGCAAGGUAUUAUUUAAUGGAAGGAGGGCCACAACGAACCUGCAGGAAUGGACAAUGGACUGGACAUGUUAGAUGCAUCAAACCGUGCACUGUGACUAAAGAAGAGAUGGACAAACAUAAUAUUUACUUUCUAAAACAUUGGCUGGACAAGAUGUAUACAGAACAUAAUGAUCAUGUUACAUUCAGAUGUAAAGAUGGGAAAAGACAUGAUGGUAGGGUAGGGAUGCGUCAGCAGUGCAUUGAAGGUGUUGUUACUUUACCCACCUGUGUGUAAAAGGGUCUUCAAAGAGCUUGGAUUGAUUCAUCUGGCCUUGGAAGCUUAUAAUGUGUCAUUUAUGUUAAAUUUGUGCAUGCAGAUUACAUUCUUCAGAUUCAAAAUCAAAUCAUUGAAAAGCUGUUUAACACAUUGUUUUUGAUCAUCAGUGUUUCAUUGCAUGUUAAAAAUGUCUGUAUCAACAAUUGUCCUGGUCAUUUCUAAUGUCCUAUAUACAUAAAUAAAAUAUAAUCUCAAAUGUAA